UUCUAAACAAGAGAACAUGAAGUUGUGUUGUUGGAAAGUUUUAGUCUUAUUUGCAUAUCCCAUGCUCUGUAUCCGAGCACCAUGGUUGAGUACUUGGCAAACCUUCACACAAAACCAACCCAGUCCGACUGUUAUCCCCCACCCCCUCAACGAGUACCCCGCCAAAGUGGACGUGCAGAUCCGUGUGACCGAAGGCUCACAGCAGCAGAUAUUUUCUGGGAUUGGUUGGUGUCAGCGUGAUGAUGAUGAUCCCAAUCCUUAUGGGGGAAUUGUUUACAUCUAUAACCAUCAAGAAGUGAAGCUCUACACACCCAUUAUAUCCAAUACUCCAUCCAAUAACCAGGACGGUGUAUUUGCUUAUACUGGUGGAGCUGUGUUCAACGGACCAUUUGAGGGUAACUACGCAACAGCUGACAUCAGAGUGAGGGUUUGGAGAAUGUGCGAUUUCCCGCCAGCAAACUUUACGUCUGCAAAUGUUUACACUGUGUCUACUUCAGGAUUUUCUUACACUGAGAUACCACACAACAUUGGAUAUUAUCCAGAUCUUAUUGUUGUACAAUUAAAACUGCCAAAUGGGUUUGUUUCUGAAGCACAAGGUGCAGUAUUUAAGGAACAAGCCGUUUAUUCCUACAACAUUGUAUGUGGAGUAAUAAUGGCAUAUGAUAGCAGCAACAUUCGUCUUUGGCCAGCGACUAAUGGUAUUGGGUCUGGGCAAUAUGGAGUAUUUUGUGUCUCGGAGGGAUGGAGUACUAGUGAGUCAUUAUAUACAUAUUCAUCCGCCGAUGUCUAUGUGCAAGCAUGGAAAUUUAGCAUUUCGGACAUUCUGUUCACUCAGACGGACACAAGAGGUUCGGGAAUAUCUGUUUCUUCUACCAUCACCCUGCCACAGCCAUUUAAUAUAGAUAACCACAUAUUUCUUGUGCAGUCACAAGCUGUGGACAGAAGCUAUAUCAACUACAUGUUUGAGGGGGCAGGGUCAGCGCUUAGUGACGGCUCGGCUUUCUUCGCGAGAAUAGGUGCUGUGGUGUACUCGUACAAUCAGAACGAAAUCAAUCUGUGGUACCCGGGUGCUGGAGACUAUCUUAUAUUCAUUGGUGGUACUUGGGGUCUUGGAGCCCCUACACAGCAAUCCACUACAGCCAGUGUGUCAGUCAAAGUUUUUAAAGCGGAUUCAACAUUGCCGGGAUGCGGAUGUUCCAAUUGUUCGUCCAACUGGAAUACACUAACCACCACAUGUGUAACAAGUCCCCCAGAUGAUAUCACGAACGCCUACAAAUUUUUCUCUUAUAACACCACUGUAUAUACUUGCAUGCCUGGCUACCAAUCAAAUGGUGGGAAAAGUGUCAUUGCUUACAAAGGGACUCAAUGGGAGCAUACGGACUUCAACUGUACAAGAUUAACUGCCUGUGUGUUUACCACUAACACAAUAAUAUACAACAUCACAACUUUACAAGAAAAAGUAGACGACCAGAAAAAGAAUCUCACGAUUGAUACCAAAAACACGAGUGCGUACCGCCGAUCCUUGACAUGCGCAUCAGACCCCAGACCAAGCGCCGCGCAUGUCGGUUAUCUAGGGAUCUGUAUCCUCUGUGUUACUGGCGGAUUGCUCCUUUGUGCUGAUCUGUCACAUUUAGCGAAAUCAGACGAAAAUGAGCACUACUACGAUUAUUGAACUAUUUUGUAUCAUACGAUGACUAGAUGGUCGUGGCCCCUUUUUAACGAUAUUACUCUCCUUGGGAUGAAGAGCUCUAUAUUUUAAUAUAUUAUAUUUACAUCUACCAAGUAUAAUUUUCUCUAUUUCUUGUGGAAAGUUAUAGUUAAUUCAUAGCUCUAUAGAAACAGCCAGACUGAAAUCUACA